AUGCAGACUAUCAUGACUAUGACGUCUGGUGUUCAGCCUCAAGAAAGCGGCCCUGUCUACCAGACUGCUGAUUCGGGAGGAGACUCUCCAGAAGCUGGCAUAGCACUAGAGCCAAUGGGUGCUGGAGCUCUCGUACAGCGAUCAUUGGGGCUUGCUGAGGUCUCGACACAGUUCGAUAUCGGUCUAGUGCCGCAAGUGACUGAUGUGACAAGUGUUGACGAGGUGAUCACUACAGAUGAAGUGUUUAUGGAGAAGCCAACGAUUGAGGACUCUGUGGUGCUCGAGGAGGUCGUUGAGACCAUAUCUAGUGUGGCUGCUGGUGGAAGGAAGUUCCCCUAUCUUUAUGACCGUCCUCAGCUAUAUAAUAGGACCGAAGAAAAAGCUGCUAAUCUGGGGCAUUUGCGGAAAUUUCCGUACUUGUAUGACAGGCCAAUUUUUGAGGACAAGGAUACUGUUGUGGCGUCAUCGUCCACUAGCAUCGCGAGACAGUUCCCUUACAUUUAUGAUCAUCCUGCUCUGGAUGCACACUUAUCCUUGGGAGAAUCUUCUGAAUCGCUUAGUACAAGGGUAUUCCCUUAUAUCUAUGAUCACCCUCAGGUUGGAGCUUCCCGAACUGAGGUACCCUCAGCUCCUCUAACUAGUCGUAGACAGUUUCCAUAUCUAUAUGAUGCCUCUGGAGAAGUUGCAGUCAUUCCGCCCAGGGCUGAAGCCAAGGCAGAUGUCAGUGAGUCCAAGCAAGUCCUGGUGAACGACCAUGAGGAUGAGCCUGUUCAGUCAGAGGCGGCUUAUGAACUCCAGUCGGAGAAUAAGGUUGCGAGUGGUUCAUCUGUGCCCGCAGGGAUGGUGGCUUCCGCAGCAGCUCCUAUGGAUGGCACUCAUGAUCAGAACGGUUAUGACAGU